CGAGACGCCCUUUGCGAGUCCUCCUCCAUCUGACAGCCGGCAUGGGAUAGUUACUGGGCAGCCAAGCGCGCACCCUGCCGUCUGACAAUUGCGCUCAUUUGUUCGCUUCGGGCUGCCACAUGGCUCCCAAGGAGGCGAUGGGAUCGACCAGUCACUCUGUGCUGCCUGUCUCCGUCCUGGGCGGCGUCAAAAUACCAGAUGCGAUGGAUGAGAUGUGGUGGUUUAAAUAUCGGGUCGUCCCUACGACGGCAACAGUCUCCAGGUCUGUCAAUAGUCUGUGAGUCUGUGAGAGAGCUUGGGGGAUCUUUCCACAAUCAUGACCAUGUUGUUACUUGCGUCUUAAUCUUCUCUUUCUAUCCUCCUUCCUUCCCUUCUCGCCAUGAAGAUCCUUGCUGUCCCGAGUGAGGAGGAGUUCGAGGCUCUGCCUCCUGCCCUUCGACGAAAGUGCUUCUCGAACGUUGAACGCUUUCGCAUGCGGCUAGCACAACACGAUCACAGCCAUGACCUUGAUCAGCCGUCCGCCUUGGCCGGCCUCCACUUGCCUCCCUUUCGAACAGCCUCCUCCCCUCCUUUGUCGAGGCGUGGCCUGGUCCACCGGCGGCCUGCUUCCUCCUCCUCCUCCUCUGCCUCUUCAUCCCGGCUCCCUCGCUCGCCCGGUUCGCUUCAGCUGGCCUAUCUGGCCGACCAGGUCGACUCGCAAUGCUUUCACUCCCUGCCCCCCAAGAUUCAGCAAAAGCAUUUUUCUAGGGAGGAGCAGCUGCGUUACCGCCAGGCCCUCUGCCGCAGUGUCAUCCUCGACGCUGCCGACGAGGCUCUGUAUCGCCUCGACCAGGAGCGUCUGACUAGACUCUCCCUCGACAGUGCCUCUUCCUCCUCCUCUUCUUCUUCUUCUCUCUCCAAUCUCUCCCUCUCUUCUUACUCUUCUUCCCACGCCUCCACCACCACCGGGAGCUCGCCGCCGUACUCGAGCAUCGACAUGGCCGCCGCCGAUUUCUCUUCUGUCCAGGACAGUUUCCGCUGGCUCGACGAGGAUGGCGAUCUCGACUUGUCCCUCGAUGACUACCACGCACAUGUAGCUGCUGCUGCCGCCGCCGCCGUCACCCCUGCGUCGCGUAUGAUGAAACCCUCGUUCCGGAGGACCCUAUCUUUCAACUCGAUACACCCCCACCACCUCCGGUCGAACAAGCAGGCGACCAUCACUCCCAAACUGCCCGCUUCAAGUCACUCGGCCACCGUGCCCUCCGUUCUAGCACACCCGCCGACCAAGCGCCGUUCUGUAUCGAGACCCUCGUCCAGCCAGCAGCAACGGCUGUCCUUCCACCACCACCAACAGCACAGUCCGCGUGCCUCUACCUCGAGCAUCGACCCGGCUGCGCAGUACUACCAGGACCCGGAAGCUCGUCUGAAGCUCCGCGUUUAUCUGGCCUCGCCGCAAAAGUUUGAUGAGGCUCUCGAGUUCGGCUUCCCCGCAUUGGACGCUGUCAAGGACUCGCGCCAUCCAGGAAAGCCGUCCAAACGUGCCUCGAAAGACGCUCUCCGGCCUCGCCGGGCUUCCGUCUUCGCCGGCACGUUCUUCGACGAUGACGCCGAUGGCGACAGCUUGUCCCUUUUCGGUGAUCAAAGGGAUGCCGAGAGUCGACGGCAGUCCGGAGCCUUGCGCGAGUCACAGUGGUGGAGUCCCGCGGGGACCCCAACCACAUACACCGACUCCCGGCCGCAAUCCUGGCUUCCUGUCUCAUCGCCGAAACAGAACCCGUCGCCUCUCUGGCCCAUGAAUCGGGAGAUGACCCUGAAGAUGACCCUCACACGCCCGGACCUCCGCACCGAGUCUUCCUCCCCGUCCCCUUCCUCGUCCCCGUCGCUGCAGACGAACGAUCCCUUACGGCUGGCCGAGCUGCCCCCGGCCGACUGCGUACCACACAUCUGGAACCCAGACCUAUCCGAUUCCGGGUUGAUGAAGAAGGUGUGGCGCAAGUUGCGGAAACGCAAGAUCUGACCGAUGUCCGUUCCGGUCUUGUUAUAUUGGUUUUUUUUUUUUGGUUUUUUUGCUUCUCUCUGCAUGAUUCAUGAAUAUCUCUCGAUUGCAACCACCAUUCUCAUUACAUAUUUUAUUGCUUCUUUCCCGCCACAUGGCAUUUUUCAUGUUUAUUUUUAAUUCC